UUUAUAGCCAAUUUUCUAGACAACAUGCCCUUGCGAAGUUCUGGCAAGUUGAGCAUGGAGACCAGAAAAGAAGAUGGUGAGAGUACGGCACCUGCCCCUUCGCAGAAGAAGCUGUCCUGUCAGUGCCACCACCACUGUCCUGAGGACUCGGUCAACAGCACCUGCAGCACUGAUGGCUACUGUUUCACCAUAAUAGAAGAAGAUGAGUCUGGUGGACAUUUAGUCACCAAGGGAUGUCUUGGAUUAGAGGGCUCGGAUUUCCAGUGUCGGGACACUCCUAUUCCACACCAAAGAAGAUCUAUUGAAUGUUGCACCGGCCAAGAUUACUGUAACAAACACCUUCACCCUACGCUGCCACCACUGAAAAAUCGAGACUUUGCUGAAGGAAACAUUCACCAUAAGGCCCUGCUGAUCUCGGUGACAGUUUGCAGUAUACUUCUGGUGCUUAUCAUCAUAUUCUGCUACUUCAGAUACAAACGCCAAGAGACGAGGCCCCGCUACAGCAUCGGGCUGGAGCAGGAUGAGACGUACAUUCCCCCUGGAGAGUCCCUGAAGGAUUUGAUCGAGCAGUCCCAGAGCUCAGGGAGCGGCUCCGGGCUCCCUCUCCUGGUUCAAAGGACCAUCGCAAAACAGAUUCAGAUGGUAAAGCAGAUUGGAAAAGGUCGCUAUGGAGAAGUCUGGAUGGGAAAGUGGCGUGGCGAAAAGGUAGCCGUGAAAGUGUUUUUUACCACAGAGGAGGCCAGCUGGUUCAGAGAAACAGAAAUCUACCAGACUGUCCUGAUGAGGCAUGAAAAUAUUCUUGGAUUCAUUGCCGCAGACAUUAAAGGUACAGGAUCUUGGACCCAGCUGUAUCUCAUCACCGACUACCAUGAGAACGGCUCACUUUAUGAUUAUCUAAAAUCUACUACCUUGGACACAAAAGCCAUGCUAAAACUGGCUUACUCCUCCGUCAGUGGCUUGUGCCACCUGCACACUGAGAUCUUCAGUACUCAGGGCAAACCUGCUAUUGCCCACCGUGACCUAAAAAGUAAGAAUAUCCUAGUGAAAAAGAACGGCACCUGCUGUAUAGCAGAUUUGGGCUUGGCUGUUAAAUUUAUCAGUGAUACAAAUGAGGUAGACAUACCUCCAAAUACCCGCGUAGGAACAAAACGCUAUAUGCCUCCUGAGGUGCUGGAUGAAAGCUUGAAUAGAAAUCACUUUCAGUCGUACAUCAUGGCUGAUAUGUACAGUUUUGGACUCAUCCUUUGGGAGAUAGCAAGGAGAUGUGUUUCAGGAGGAAUAGUUGAGGAAUACCAGCUUCCAUACCAUGACCUUGUGCCCAGCGACCCCUCAUACGAGGACAUGCGUGAGAUUGUGUGCAUCAAGAGACUACGCCCUUCGUUUCCCAACAGAUGGAGCAGUGAUGAGUGCCUACGGCAGAUGGGGAAGCUGAUGAUGGAGUGCUGGGCUCACAACCCCGCCUCCCGGCUCACAGCCCUGCGGGUCAAGAAAACACUUGCCAAAAUGUCAGAAUCGCAGGACAUUAAACUCUGACUCGGCCAGAAGCAGCUCUUGUGAAGGCCCAUGGAAAUGGACUUUCUCAUGCAGGCAGAAGUCCUGAAGAGGUAUCAAAAGUCUUCGCUAAUAAGUACCUUGAAUGCAGUCAUGCUUAAGAGAAGCUGUAAGUUUGUUCGACAGCUUUUAAGGAGACUAUCCUUUGCAAAAAUCAGCUGAAUUUUCACAUACAGGAUCAGAAGAGGCUUGUCUGCCCUUGUUUACACGGGGAAAUACAGUUUUAGUAACUGGUUUAAGAUUAUGCAUGUUGCUUUCCGUGAAAGCCACUUAUUAUUUUAUUAUUAUUAUUGUUAUUAUUAUUAUUUUGAUUGUUUAAAAAGAUACUGCUUUAAAUUUUAUGAAAAUAAAACUUUUGGUUAGAAGUAAAAAAAGAUGUAUAUUGUUACA